CUUCAUACUUCCACAACUGUUCUUUCUUACAUCUCAAAAAUCGCCGCCCACACAAUCGAGGCCGUUAAACUAGUCUUUUCUGUAAUUCAUUCAGCCCACAAAUUGGGGAAACGCCCAAUACAACUAUUUCUACCAGUAAACCGCUGAUUCCACACAGGAUAUUCCCAACAAGAAGGGUCAUAGCGAGAGCACCAACACAUCACGGGAAAGAGCACAAUGAACGUCGACAUUGGUAAACUAUGCAGAGAUUUGGCUUCUGGAACCGACGACGGUGCAUUUGGAUAUGACCUGCUUCGAUGGGCGGGAAAACGGGAAACCAUUGAUCGAGUGUUGAACAAUCCGCUUCUACAAACUUCUCGCGACAAGCUCCAGAGUGCUGCGGAAGAGCUUCGAGGCAAGGACAUCCCUGUGCUUCCAUUCCGGAUGUUCAAGCUGUUCGAUACCGUAGGCGAGCGUCUCGGAUACGAAGCUCCAUACUUUUCGCGGCGCAAGACCCUGCUGGUCUCUGCUCUUAGCGCGUGGUUAUGGAACGACCCGGAAGACAUUGGAACGCUCGAGGAGUGUAUUUGGGCCCUAUGUGACGACUACACGUGGAGUUUGCCUUCACAUAUGCACGGGUCCAGCCUAACUAUUGAAACCAAUGUUGGUUAUUCCAACACCAGCAAACGCCGGGAUGCUGCAUUGAACCUCGACCUUUUCGCCUGCGAGACUGGCUUAGCACUUGCAGAAAUAUGUGCUCUGCUCGGUGAUAAGCUCAAUCCUUUUAUUGUCGAGCGAGCCCAAUCAGAAGUCAUGCGUCGGGUCAUCGACAGCUACAUGGAUAAAUCGACUAUCCAGCAUUGGGAAGUGUUGGAUAGUAACUGGUGUGCGGUUUGCGCUGGUAGCAUUGGCAGUGCCGCCAUGCUUCUCGUUGGAAACGAUCUGGAUCUCGCUGCUAUCCUCCGAAAUCUGCUGCCUGUAAUGGAGAGAUAUAUUGCCGGAUUCAGUGAAGAUGGUGCCUGCACUGAGGGCCUAAAUUACUGGACGUAUGGAGUAAGCUUUUUUGUGGUGUUUGCAGAACUUCUCGGCAGACGAACAGCUGGGAAGCUUGACCUGCUCUCCGAUAAAAGAUUUGCUCCUAUCGCUUUAUUUCAGCAAAAUUGCUUCUUCCCAGGAGCUGCAACGCUCACAUUCUCGGAUGUUGAAGCAAACGACAAAUAUCGGCCAGGCGUCACAUGUUUUUUGGCAGAGCAUUUCGAAGAAGUGAUGGCCCCACCGUUAGAGAGCGCCAUGGAUGUAAUGCACUCGCAUUGUUACAACUUUGCUCCUGCUCUAAGUGAUCUGCUAUGGACUACAGAUACACUUGUGUCGAAGCAGGCACUGCCUCAACCCUGCGUGGUAUACCCAAAGGCUCAGUGGCUGUUGUGCAGCGGCAAUGAUGGCACUGGAUUUGCGGCGAAAGCAGGCCAUAACGAUGAGGAACACAACCACAAUGAUGUCGGAAGCUUUCUAUUUUCAAGACAUGGUGUAAUGCUCCUAUGUGAUAUUGGCAAGGGAGAGUACACGAAGUCAUACUUUGGGCCCGAUCGCUACGACACCUUUUGCACCUCUUCUAAAAGCCACAAUGUUCCCAUUGUCGAUGGACACAGCCAACGUGAUGGGAGAGAAUAUUGCGCUCGAAAUGUCAUUUUUGAUCAGAAUGGAUCAAUUUCAAUGGAUAUUGCCCCUACUUACGCCGUGAGCGGGUUGACGUCGCUGGUGCGACGCCUCUCAUUCGAUAAUAAGACAGGGCGCUUGAGUCUUCUGGAUGAGAUCAAAGUUUCUCGGCCAAUGGAUGUUGCUGAGAGGUUUGUAUCGUUCGUGCGACCACGCAUAGAAAAUGGGGCUGUGAUAAUUGAGGAAGGUGCUACCAGUUGCACACUUUCGACCAAAAUCUCUCAAGAUCCCCAGAUUGGUACAACUGAGCAUAUCAACCAUCAAGGGAAAAGUGAGGUUGUAUAUACCAUUGAUUUCAUUCUUUCCUUGAAAGAGAAUGCGGUAUUUGAACUUGUCGUCUCAUAA